AUGUUGCGAUCUUACGCACUGAAGAAAAUUGAACGUUGCUCGCGUGCGCACGGGAAAUGGGGUUUCUCUCGUGAAGAAAGUCUCCCUCUUAUUUUUCACGUCGAGGAAAGCACCCCGCGUGCCUUUUUUUCCCGCAAGAAGCCCCUAUCGCCGUUUGCCAAGUUUCGUGAACUCGAUAGACAAAAUAGUACCGCUUCGUCACCCAGUUAUAGUCCCGUAAAGUCGCCGGCAACAGAGUUUCGGUUCAAGUUUACCGACCCAUCAGUGCGGGACAGCGCGGUACAAAUAAAAGAAAGACUACUAGCGUGGUGCCGUUCCAAGACUAAGGAGUACGAGAAUGUACAACUGGACAAUUUCUCGACUAGCUGGAACGACGGGCUAGCGUUCUGCGCUCUGCUUCAUCAUUUCAGACCAGACGCUUUUGAUUAUAACUCGCUACGACCGGAGAACCGCAAGAUGAACUUCGAGCUGGCGUUUAAAAAAGCCGACGAACUUGCCGGGAUCGCGCCGUUACUUGACGUCGAGGAUAUGGUGAUGAUGCGUCGCCCGGAUUGGAAAUGCGUCUUCACCUACGUGCAAUCCAUUUAUCGCCGUUUCAAGGACGAAGAUUAAAGGAUGCAAGUUUUUCAACGCUCCUCGACGGCGUUCAGCAGUACCAAACUCGAUAUUCAACCGCAUCCCGUGGUCCACGAAUCGCGGGACAGUUCUAUCGCUAUCCGUUCCAGAUGAUCAUCAAGGAUACGGCGCAUUCUCCAAACACGAGAUUGGAAACACGUGAAAAACAUAAGAGAGAACUGGGAAAUUAGAAGCAGCGAAGAAAUAGAAAAAAAGAGUUAGCUUUUGCGUGUCUCGCGUCCAGCAACAUUUUCAUGCACAACUUUCCCUGGCACCUUUCCGACAAACGUAUAAUCAUCUGACAACGCAGUAUGUAGAUGAAACGGUUUCCACGAACACGUAGUGCUCCGGCUGGUGCACAAAACAAGAAACGCAAACUGUCGUUGCCAAAGAUACUGAUGCUGUAGCGUUAAAUGUUUUCAAUGGAAUUCAAGGUCUUUUAUGCCAAAGAUUUGUGAAAUAAACACGUGAUGCUAGCAUCCUUCUUGAUUGACGACAUUAUUUCCCAGAGAUCAAAUUGUAAAAGAAUUAAAUGAUUUAUUACGAAACCGA